AUGGCUCCUCGACCCAGUUCAGGAGAACUGUGGGGCCAUCAUUUAAUGCCGGCGGAAGUGGAAGUUUUGUUUUUCAUGCCAAACGGGAUGUUCAUUUCAAUGAGAGCAAACAGGGAUGCGUCGCUGCAGACAAUAAAAUCAAAUCUUUGGAAAGAGGUCAAAAUGUACCCCCUGUAUAAAAAAUUAAUGGAGCCCCAGUGUUAUGUUCUAGUUGGCGUCACUCAGGAUGCUGAGAGGGAAGAAUUUUAUGACGAAACGAGAAGACUUUGUGAUCUUCGACUCUUCCAACCGAUGUUCAAACUCAUAGAACCAGCUGGAAAUAAGGAAGAGAAAAUUCUGAAUGCCAAAUUAAAUUUCCUAAUCGGUGUAUCCAUAAAUGAGAUAAACGACUCGAAAGACCUUGAACUCUUGAACUUUCGAAGGUCAAUAAUGCAGCACUGUAAAAGUGUGAUAGAGGAGAGAGACAGCAAGGGCAUAGAAGCCCUGGCCCUCUAUCACUACCCCCCUAAUAUCAAUCCUACUUUGCAGUUGCCAGCAUUUUUGCUGGAUGUCGUUAAGAGAGACCUGGGAAGAAUCAUAGUGACGGUAUGGGUGGAUGUCCACCUAUCGAAGAGUCGGAGCAAGACGACCAUAAAAGUUCACUAUGACUCUCCAGUGAUGUCGGUAAUUAGUGAGACGGUUAGGCGGAAAGUGAAGUUGGAGAAAGUUUUGCCUGAAGAUAUGGAGUCUGUGAUAAGUAGUCGAGCUGCCAACUCUCUGCUUAAAGUUUGUGGGUGUGAUGAGUAUCUUCUCGGGAAUUAUCCUAUCUGUCAGUAUGCAUAUGUCAGACAAACUCUAUCAACACAUUCAAUCCCUGAAUUAAUGUUGGUUGACAAGAAAUCAGUGUACAGCACAUUAACUAGGCAUGUUGUCAACAUGCCUUCUUACAUACAAAAAGGAUUAAGUCAGAUGGAAUCAUUGAAAAACCAGCAGCCCGUUUCCUCAUGGUCACUCAACAAAAAGUUCAAAGUCAAGGUCAAUCAUAUGACCUUUGUAAACGCCAAAGAGAAAGGAGAGUACUUCAUAAGGGCAGGCCUCUACCACGGCUCAGAGGCCCUGUGUGAAGUUCGAAGUACCCAACCGGUCGAGUCGUCAGAACCGAAGUGGAAGGAGUGGCUGGAGUUUGACGCCCUGCUGUGUGAUCUUCCAAGAUCGGCCAGACUGUGUCUGUCGCUAUGUUGUAGUAUCAGUAAGAAGCAGAAGAAAAAGAUGGUGUACGCUGUCUUCUGGUGCAAUGUGAACCUCUUCGACUUCAACAAACAGUUCAUGCAGGGUAAUAUGAACAUUUGCAUGUGGUCUCUGCCCCCUAGCCAUGAAGAACUACUCUACCCUUUGGGCACUUCUGGUUCCAACCCAUCUCUGGAUUGUCCCCGGAUCGAGAUCGAGUUUGAAAAAUUAGUGAAAAGUAUCCCUGACCUUGUGAGUUUUUUGCUCAUUGGUCAUAAUUCGGUGAAGGCAAUAAAGAGCAUCAUCAGGAAGGACAUUUUGUCUGAACUGACAGAGCAAGAGAAAGAAUUACUAUGGGACCUUAGGCGAAUUCCUCACUCCUUGCCAAAACUCUUGCAGGCCGUCAAAUGGAGUUGUAAGGAUGACGUGGCUAUUACUCACUCUAUGUUGACGUCAUGGCCACCAAUAAAGGUUGAGACUGCCCUGGAACUGCUCUAUUGGACGUAUUCGGAUUUUGAAGUCAGAAAUCUUGCAAUAAAAUGCUUGGAAGACAGAUUAACUGAUUGCCAAUUAUCGUAUUUUCUUUUGCAACUUGUUCACGUCUUAGAAUUCGAGCAAGUUAUGGACAACGGCUUGGUCAGAUUCCUACUAAGUAGAGCUCUGACCAAUAAGAGGAUUGGCCAAGCAUUUUAUUGGUAUCUCAAAGCCAGCAUGCAGCACAGUUCAAAGCACCUGUAUUAUGCACUUGUUAUGGAAGCCUAUCUGAGAUGCUGUAGUAAUUUUGUGGACAUCUUGAAGCAAGUUGAAGCCGUUGAGAAGCUGACCAAGUUGUCUGAGAAGUUGAAGACUGAGAAAGAAGACUUGCAGGUAAAGAGUUUACAGACGCAGCUGCAAUCCUCGGACUACAUUGAGGUCCUCAGCAACUUCACCUCGCCACUCAACUGUAGCUACAAACUCGGAGAGCUCAUAGUCAGCCAAUGUGAUGUCAAGGCCUCGAAGAAGCGCCCUCUCUUGCUGACGUGGAAGAACCCUGACCCCAUGGCUCAAGGGACCUUCCAAGAUUUUCAAAUCAUCUUCAAGAUGGGUGACGAUCUGAGGCAGGACAUGUUGACCCUGCAGGUUUUUGCACUGAUGGAUAGUAUUUGGCAGCAGGAGGGUCUCGAUAUGAGAUUGACUCCGUACGGCUGCUUAGCGACGGGAUUGAACGCCGGAUUGAUAGAGGUAGUGCGCAAAAGUCGCACAGUCAUGCAGAUACUGAACAAGGAUUUCCGCUGCUCCCAGCUGCAUAACUGGAUCAGAGAAAAAAACAAAAUCCUGAUUACCACUACCACUACCGCUGAUGCCGCCGCUGCUGCUACUUCUGCUACUACCAUUACUACUUAUAACGCUAAUUACACUGCUACUAUUAGUACUACUACCUCUAGUAAUAGAUGUGCGUAUCAAGAGGCCAUAGAUACAUUCACUCGAUCGUGUGCUGGGUACUGCGUGGCCACUUUUGUCCUUGGUGUCGGCGAUAGACAUCCAUCUAAUAUCAUGGUCACGGAAAGUGGGCAGGUUUUCCACAUUGACUUCGGACAUUUCUUAGACCAUAGGAAGAAAAAAUUUGGCAUAAAUAGAGAGAGGGUCCCUUUUGUCCUGACUGAAGAUUUCAUGCGAGUAAUCGCCAGGGGGCAGGACAACCCAGAGAAGAGUGCCGAGUUUUCCAAUUUCAUGGAACUAUGCGGCAAAUCCUUCUUGAGCCUACGCAAACACUCGAACCUCAUUAUAAGCCUCUUCGCUAUGAUGAUUCUAUCUGGUAUUCCGGAACUGCAGACGACUGAGGAUCUAAAUUACCUCAGGAACACCUUGAAAGUUGGGGAUAUCGAUUCCAUGGCUUUGGUGUAUUUCCAGGACAGAUUCAAUGAUGCCUAUGGCGGAAGUUGGACAACCAAGGUGGAUUGGUUUUUCCACUGGGUUAAAAAUAACAAUAGAGUGUGA